AUGCUGUUCUUUGAUUUAACGCAAGAAGUUAUGGGAAAAAAUGGUGACGUUCUAACUCUUGUGCCUAAAAGAACACGAUGUGCUGUGUCUGUGAGAGCUGACGAUACGGAUAAUUGGGGGCAGGAAACUUUGGAUGAACGAGAAAACUUCCAGCUUAUGCUUCGCGAUCCUACGAUCAAGAAUGAUUUGCUGGAUCGACUGAAUACAUUUAGAUGUAACAGAGAGCUUUGUGAUGUUGUCUUAUUUGUUAAGGAACGCGAAAUUUUCGCACAUAAAGUUGUACUAGCUGCUGUUUCUCCGGCUCUGUUCGAUAUGUUCUUGAAAUCUGAUGAGGAAGAGCGAGACAGCGAAGGAAAUUCAACACCAAACUCCACUGUUAAUGGCGGAGGUAGCAACAACGGUUUCCAUGUCCCUCCAACAGUUGCGCUGGGAUCUUCUUCCAAGAAUCAGCUUUCGUACUUCGAAUUUGCUCAUUCAGACUUUGAAUGUUUCGAUGCUUUGGUGACAUUCGCUUAUACAGCUUAUCUGGAAAUCAGCUCGAAGAAAGUUGCCGAACUCUACAAAACUGCAUUUGCUCUCCAAAUGGAACCUGUUGUGAGAGCCUGUGCAACUUUCUUGGGCGACAAUCUGAACGUCAAAAAUUGCAUUGGAAUCCGUCGCCAAGCGAAUUUCAACAAUGAUACCUAUUUACUGGGUAAAGUAGAUCGUUUCAUUCGUGAUGAAAUGGACAAAAUUGCCGAAGACAGUGUGGAAUUCACACAGUUACCAUGUGUGAAAAUACGUAUCAUCCUUUCUGCUGAGCAACUUCAUACAGAGUAUAGAAACGGUGCAAGUCUAGCUCAGAGAGCUCUUGAUUAUUUCCACUGUAUUCCACACGACCGUGUUGAUCAUUCUGUUGAUGUACUAACGGUGAAGACUCAUCUUUUAUAUGUUGAAGAAGAUGAGCGUCUAGCUGAUUGUGCAGAGAUGGAUGACCGCUCUUCAGUUGCAAGUUGUGACAUCGUUCAGGACUAUAAGAAAUCUGGCAACUCUGUUGCUCGGGCUAUUUCGAACGUUGCGGAUGCUGCUGCUAUCGGUCCAGUUCAACAUAGAGUUACGGGAGCUGUUCCUGUACGACUGAACGCCAGUCGUAUCCCAAAUGUUAAAUAUUCAUCGACUGAAAGUUUGAAUUCUGUAGGAACUGACGAAAGUGAUCCUCAAGAGACCAUCGAAACAAGUUUGAUCACUGUUCAUCAAACUUCCGCCGAUUAUUGGGUAGCUCUCGCAGUUUUAUAUAGAAGAUUAGUUACUCUGAGCAUUCAACUGACUGAUGAUGAAGAGUUGACAAAACCUCGUCUUAACAGUGGCUCGUCGGAACCAAAGCCAAUAGUCACAAAAAGAAACUCUGCGACGGGUCAACGCGUACCCCUGGCAACCAUGAGUGGUCCUCGUUGCUCUAUUGGAGCUUCAUUUGUUAAUGGAAAGAUCAUCGUUUGUGGUGGAUAUGAUAGAGGAGAAUGCCUAAAGACUGUCGAAGAAUACGAUGUGUUGAAAGGGGAAUGGAAACAGCUGAAGCCUAUGAUUAAUGAACGGGGAAGAUUCGACAGUGCUGUUAUCAAUGGAAAAGUUUAUGCUGUCGGCGGAAGCAAUGGCAAUCAUGACUUGAAAACAGGUGAAGUAUAUGAUCCCAAAAACAACUCCUGGGAAACAAUUCCUUCCUUAACGAAACCCAGAAGUCACAACGGUUGUGCUGCUCUCGAUGAUUUCAUUUAUUGUAUUGGAGGUUCUUGUGAUCAAGUCGUUAUGAAGGAUUGUUAUCGAUUCAAGCAGGGAAUGGAACAAUGGGAACAAAUUCCUUCUAUGGAACAAGCUCGUUACCAGGCUGGAGUUAUCUCUUGGAGAGGUUUAGCCGUAGCUGUCGGUGGUUGUGAUAGAUGGGCUUGUAUGGACUCAGUUGAAGCUUUCGAUCCCAAAGUAAAUGCUUGGAGACAAUUGGCAAAAUUACGCGUCGCUCGCCGCGGUUGUGCUGUUGCUGUGAUAAGAGACACUUUGUAUGCCAUAGGAGGGCAUGAUGGUUCACAAUCCCUGUGUUCUGUCGAAAUCCUUGAUCAUCCCAACGGUAUGUGGCGAAAUGGACCCGCUCUGUUGACUCCCAGAGCAAAUACCCACGCAGUUGUAACGGCUGGAAAUGUUAUUUAUGUUAUUGGAGGCUUUAACGGCAAUCAGUUUUUGAACUCUAUCGAGCUGCUCGAAACAGAAUCGGUUGGAUGGAGGAAUUGGCAAUUGGAUGGCUCUGAAACCUUCAUGGAAGAAGAAGAUGAUGAGGAAACAACAGUGCCAACAGUUGUCGUAGGGACAGCAGUAGAAGCUCAAUAA